AUGGGGCUGCGAAUGAGUGGUGCAUAUUCAGGUGUACAGGCAAGAAUAACAGAGAAGGAGCCCCUUGCCUGUUACGUACAUUGCACUGCUCAUAACCUCAACCUUGCACUUAACGACUCUGUUAAAAAUGUUCCUGGAGUGAAGCGAUUCUAUGACACUGUGGAGAACCUGUACAACUUUUUUGGUCACAGUAUCAAACGUGAGGUUUGCACCGCCCUCAUUUUAUUUUUGACUCUCCCUGUAAGCGUUGCAAGCUCUGAGCACUCAUUCUCCAAGUUAAAAACAAUUAAAAACCACUUGAGGAGCACAAUGGGACAAGAGAGACUGAGUGGACUUGCCAUAUUGUCCAUAGAAAAUGAGAGAGCAAAGAAAAUGGACAUACAGAGCAUCAUGGACGAUUUCGCAGAGCGCAAGGUUCGCCGUAUGCCGUUCAAAUAG